AUGGUGGAAGUGGAUCGCCCGGGGAAGCUCUUCAUUGGCGGGCUCAACCUCGAAACCGACGAGAAAAUCCUCGAGGCCACGUUUGGCAAGUAUGGCUGCCUCACCGAGGUGCUCCUGAUGAAAGAUCGAGAAACCAGCAAGUCCAGGGGCUUCGCGUUCGUCACCUUCGAAAGCCCGGCAGAUGCCAAGGCCGCCGCCAGAGACAUGAACGGCAAGUCCCUGGAUGGUAAGGCCAUAAAGGUAGCCCAGGCCACCAAGCCGGCGUUCGAGAGCAGCCGGCGGGGCCCGCCGCCGUCCCAUAGCCGCCCGAGGGGCCUGCUCGGGGACCGCGGCAGCGCCCCACGGCGCCCCGAGUCCCGGGGCGGGCCGGCGGACGAAGGCGGCUACGCGGGCGACUUCUACCUGCGGUCCUCCCGGGCCCCGCUGCCUGUGAAGCGCGGGCCGCCACCGCCGCGCAGGGCCGGCCCGCCCCCGAAGAGGGCCGCGCCGUCGGGCCCGGCCCGCAGCGGAAACGGUGGAAUACACGGGCGGCCCCCGGCCACGCGGGGGCGAGACGGCUAUGCCGGCCCGCUGCGCCGGGAGCCGCCGCCCCCGCGCCGGGACCCCUACCUGGGCCCCCGGGAGGAGGGCUACUCGCCCCGAGACAGCUACUCGUCGAGCCGCGACUACUCGAGCGCCCGCGACCCCCGGGGUUUUGCUCCCUCGCCCAGAGAGUACACCUACCGCGACUACGGCCACUCCAGCGCCCGGGACGACUGUCCAUCGAGAGGCUACGGUGACCGAGACGGCUACGGGGGGCGCGACCGCGACUACCUGUAUCACCCGAGCGGAGGCUCCUACCGAGACCCCUUCGAGAGCUACGGGGACCCGCGCAGCGCCGCCCCUUCACGGGGGCCCCCGCCAUCUUACGGCGGCGGCCGUUACGACGAGUACCGCGGCUGCCCGCCCGAUGCUUACGGUGGCGGCCGGAGCGAGCGCUAUUGGAGGGGCCGCGACCGGGCAGGCAGAGCUGAUCGCGGGAGGCCGCGGUCCAUGGAGAGGAGGUGCCCGCCCCCGCGCGAGUCCUACAGCGGGUCCGGCCGCAGGGCCCCACUAGGCGGAGGCCGCCUGGGAAGCUGUGCGGAGAGAGGGGGAGACCGGAGCAGAUACUAA